GCUUAACCUGGAUAUCUUCCUGGUUGCUCGAACCUCGAACAGGCGUCAUCACUUCACUGGCACCGGCCGAAACUGUAACAAAAUUGGUUUCUUGUGCGACUGUGCGCGCAAGCCGUACUACAUCUCCGUGGUCGUGUCCAAGCGAGCGUCAUGGACCUGCUCCCCGACGACGUGAUCCUCGAGGUGCUGCAGUACCUGGACGUGCGGGACCUCCUCGCCUUCCGCCGCGUCUGCAAGAGGCUCGGGGCGCUGGUGCUGGCCGGCCGGGUGUGGCGCCACCGAGAGCUCCGCCUCGACGGCCGCCCCCCCAACGGCAGCCUUCGUGUCCCUCCCGCGUCCCCCCGUGAGCGCGGGCCGCUACACCUGCUGCGCGUGGCGCCGUGCCUGGACCACUUGCACAUCUGUGCCGCUGCUGGGACACUCCGGGCCUUAACCACGACCAAGUGCGCCGUAGCAAGUCUCACGCUGGAGAAUAACCAUUUGAGCUUUAACGCCCAGGUGUACGCGGAGGUGGUUGGCCACCAGGGGGCGCUCGGGCGCCUGAGGCGCGUGCACCUGAUUUUCAGUCGCUCUGCUGAUGUCUGCGGGGUGCUGUUGGACGCGCUGACGACGUUACCUCGGCUGGAGUCGCUGACAUGCAGCAUGGGCUGCCCCUCCACCCGCGCGUCCACCGCCCUCGUUCCGCGUCCGUCCGCGCCGUCCCUCAGGAAGUUCAGCUGGCCCCUUACUCGGGGCACAGAGCCGUUUGUCCAAGCCGUGCUGGCGGGGCACAGCGCCACCCUGGAGGACGUGGAGCUCCGGCUCUCGUACAGCGGCUGGACCAGCUGGACUGACGACACGGUGGCUCCGCUGCUGGCCGCCUUGCCCAAGCUCCACAGCCUGCGUUUGAACUACCCCAACCUCCCCGGGCUGCCGGCCGUGGCAGCCUGCAGGGCGCUCAGGAAGCUGUGCGUGGACUCCAUUAUGGACAAGUACUCAACUGUUGUGGAGCUGCUGCGCCGGGCCAAGCAGCUGCGCGACGUCCGCUUGCAGCUGGACUGGUCCGGACUGGGCUGCGAGGUGCUGGAGGCCCUGGCCUCGCCCGCCCUGGAGCGGCUGGAGCUCCAAUCGGGUGGGAACACUGAAGCGCCGCCGCUGCUCCGCGCCUUGACCACGCUGCCCGCGCUGCGCCACCUGGUGCUGCGGAUCGGUGACUACUUCACCUCUUCUCUGACCGCCGCGGCGGCUCGCGACCUGCUGCAGGGCAUCACCCCCGCGACGGCCCCGGCCCUGCGCACCCUGGAGCUGAAGAUGGGCAGGGAGCCGUGCCCCCACGCCUGGGUCCACGAGGACGCAGUCCGUCGCUCCGCAUUCAGCUCGAAUUCGUGGUAUUCUCGGGCGCCCAAAUGUGGUGCAAUUGUGAGGUGUGCCGCAUGGACUGCCACAAAGAUAUUUGGAAAGCAGUUGUCGGCACCUACUACAUUCUAAAAUUAUCUAUCAUUUUACAUGAACUUCAAAUAGUUGUAAGUUAAUGUGUCCUGAAAUCAUAAGUCAGUUUAGUCAAUAUCGGUCGUAUGUCAUAUUUUUUCAAAAAUGUAACUGUGAAUAGUUUUUAAGAUGUUAAGCAAGGCGGCAGGGUUUGUGAUUGCCCAGACCUUAUAGUUUUUGCUCGAUUGUGAGAUAGUGUGACAGACUACGACAAGUUACCAAGCUACACUGAAGAGCAAACGUUAUUUUUGAUAGCCUGUGACAUUUAUUUCUCACUCGAGCAAUUCAUUUGUAUUUUCCUAAGGUAGGUGUUAAUGUAACAGUGCAAGAAGCUUGCCAUCAGUAUGUUGUCAUUAAUUUUAAUCUAUUUUAAGAGUGGCCUAAUUGAAUGGGCUAUGGCUGUAACCACAUGAAACAAUUUUUGACAGCACAGUUUUGGUUUAAUACGUAUUGUAUAAAUGUCUUUGUUCAUAGUUUUAAGUCAUGUGAUAUUUAGAUAUGAAUGAAGAAGAUCGCCAUGUCUGUGUUGAAGAUCCUCAACUAAUUUCUUCUCAUCUGUUUUACUCAGUGGUUGUAAGGAUGAAGUAACAGUUUUGAUACUUGUCCUCUAUUAAAUUUAUUUGUGAGCAUAGAGAACUUUCCAGAAAAAUCAGGAAGUGUUUGCAGAACUUAUGUUUGUGCAUGUAAACAAAUAUUUGGCACUCGUUUAUGUUUUUGGAGGAAAUACUCUGCUGCAUCUGAUGUCAUACCCAAUUGACUGAUUGAAUAAGGUGAUCACAAUAAACUUAUCAACGGUAUGUUUUGCUCUGAUACAAAUUGUAUAUAUGUUUGUUUAGUCACAAAAUAUUUGUAUCAUUGACAGUCACAAAUCUCUAGAAGUAUGCUGCUCACAGCUGACAUGGCGUUUUGUAGUUUUAUUUCUAGCAGCUUCAUAAUUCAUUUAUAAACUAGAGCAAGGAAAUGUUUUUCUCUCUUUGACCGAUCCAUUUUUUUAAAAGAUUUGUAUCAUCUUAUUCAGUAUGCCAACAGGUGUGGUAAAUUUAUUGAAAAAAGUAUUAUUGACAAUAAAAAAGCUACAGUCCA